AUGUUCAGCGAUUUCGACCACUACGUACAGGACCUGGUACGAUUUUCGAAGGUGAUUCUCCCCGCCACUGUGCGGCCGCGCGACGCGAGCGGUGGGACCGGAACCGGCGGCCAGGGAACGGCUGGCAGCGGAGACCCUCCCGUUGUGAACGGCGAGCUCCUCGGCUCUGACGGAACGCUCCCCGCGCUGUCUCUGUCGGUGGUGGCGCACUCGAUGGGUGGGCUGAUAGCGGUCAACGCCGCGCUGCGAGAGCCUGAGCUCUUCGACGGGCUUGUUCUGGCUGCUCCCAUGCUGGCGCCUACCACCGGAAAACUACCUAAUGGCGUCGUAGGAGCGCUUGCCUGGGUCGUGACAAAGCUCGGGCGACAGGGGCACAGGAGCCCCAUUCGGCGACCCGCGCGGGCAAGCAUGGAGUGGUCCAGGGUGACGCACGACAAAGAGCGCCUCCGUCUCUGGGAAACCCUUCGGGGCAUAGUUGGCUGCGUGCUCCAGCGGGGACCAAGCUUUGCCUGGUUGUCGAAAUCCGUGGUGGCUUCGAAGCGCGCUCGGGGCCGACUCCAUCAGCUAUCGGUGAGCGCGGGAGGGUUGAAAAGAGAGAGACAGGGGAACACUGUGCAAGGUCAGAGGUCGUACCAGUAG